CUGACCAUAGUGACGUCUGUGUCAACAUUUCCGAUCGCUGCAUAUUUUCUUCGACUUAAACAUCAGCCUACAUUUGUUGCGAAUAAGUAGGAGUCAUUUCAAAUGUAUUGAAGCAGAGGUGAUAGAUCACAGUCCUAGGACUCCUUGCUCAUAUGAAGAAUUAAGAUCUAAAUGCAGAAAGGCGCUGUGCUGAUUUCCUUCCUUAUUUCUUUGAAGGAAAAAGGGAACUUCAUAAUUUGGCUAACAAAGGACAGUCUGGACCAGAGUGUAUGUGGUGGCAGAAAUACAUGGUAGCCUCUCUUAAGGAUAUGCUUACACAGUACCCUACACCAAUGUGUGGUCUUUUGAUUCCUUUCCUUCUCAUCCUGAUCCAAGUAUCAUCCUGCACCAUUACAGUCACUGGGUACAUUGGGCAGGAUGUCACUCUGCCCUGCAGCUAUGAUGUCCAAGCUAACGGAAUCGUCAGUUUCUGCUGGGGACACGGGCAGGUGCCCCGGUCCAAAUGUAGCAACACGGUCCUCUCGUCGGAUAAUGGGGAUGUGACUUUCAGAGAGUCCCCCAGGUACCAGCUGCUGAGCCAGGUCAUGCAGGGUGACAUUUCCUUGACCAUCGUUAAAGCUCAGAAAACAGAUUCUGGGGUCUACGGCUGCAGGGUGGAGAUUCCUGGCUUGUUCAACGACCAAAAGAUCAACGUACACCUGAUUAUGGAAGAAGCUCCUAUGGAAGAACUUGACGUCCAAAGCACAACAGAGGCUGUCACUGUGACAGUAAGCAAAGGCUCAAAAAUACCAAAAAUUCAGAGUGUAACAAGUCAGGUUAAUUUUUCACUACAUGAAAAUUUCAAAGCCCUCUUAGAAGCAGAGAACAUUGGGAGGAUUGCAGCUAUUUUCUUCCUCACCAUAAUCCUAAUCCUCAUCCUCAUCAUCAGGAGGAAGGUCCUGAUGGGGAGGACGACACGUCAGCAGCUCAACACCAAGACAGCCGAAAAUAUUUACGAGACCAUCCCUAUGACUCAAUGAUGCUCUGCAUCAGGGAAACAGAUACAACAGAGGAAUAUAAAUGAUGCUUCAUUACAUGGCUCUCCGUGAGAAAACAGGACUCAGAAAUGGCGUUGGAGUAACCACAUAUUUGUAAAAGAGGAAGCUGUCGCAGGCUGCUGAAUAGUUUUAUCCACAUUCUAAGAAGUCCUUGGCUCAUUAAGCGGCCACGCUGUGUUUUUAACACUGUUUGUAAUUAACAGUAUCAACUUGUUAAAUUGAAUAAAGUUUUGUCUUUGUAAACUUGAA